AAGAGAUGCUUCGUCCAGAACAGAGCACGAACUCGAGCUCCCCACCCAACCCCUGAAGACAAUCCCCAGCCCUCCCGCUGCCACACCCGAGCGCCGGCGGCCAGAGAACCAGAGAUGGAACCUGCGAAUUCACAGCACCGAAGACGAGGAUGUCUGCAAAAGCUGGAAAAAUGACACUCUUGGACAAGGACGACGCAGCAUCUUGAGCCGCGUCCCACCACCGGUGACACACUCCACCCAGCCUCUCCACCAGGAGCUCUGGCGUUUUCAAGUGGAGAUCUGUGAAAUCCACCGUAAUUCUCCAUUCCCACCCCUCAGCCAAAGAGAC